AUGGAAAGUCCAUCUCCUACCCCAGCUCCCUUUCUAGGGGCGACCAAUGUGAUCAAGUGGAAACCCCAGGAAGCCUUCAACCAGACCCAGCCCAGCUCCCUCCUGAACGACUCUGUGGAGGGGAGGAAUAGCACCGAUUCCACCAGGACCCUGAGGCUGCUGGAUGCGACCAGCGCCGCCUGGUACAUCCUCACCAUCAUUGGCAUCUAUGGUGUGAUCUUCAUCUUCCAGCUGGCCAGCAACAUUCUCAGGAAAGAUGAGAGGUCCUUGGAUGACAUUUAUUACUCAAACUUAACUUCUGAACUCAAAAGGAAAGGGUUUCAGAGCAAGGUGGCUGAGUGUUCAGUCAUCAGCAAUCCAGCUACCCUUCAGCCUCCAGGUGGCCUGGAACCAAAGGGUGAGGACCACAGGCUCACACAGGACCAUGUGGUCCCUUAA